CGCCCAGACCGAGUCUUCUUCAACCUCAGCAAGAUCAAAUUUUGUUCUGAUACUUCGGUGAAAUCCCUUGCACGUUCUCCCUUUUUCACUCGCCGACCUCCUUCUCGCCUAUUAUAUCUCGGUCAUCUCAUAUCUCUCGAUUGCAUAUCAAUUGAAAUUUUUCUUUCGAAACCUGCAACCAGCAAAUCAUCCCUCACCAUAAAUUCCGGCAAGAGAACUGCCAUCAUCCUUGUCCCGAGCAGCGUCCUGCCAUCGCCGACGCCCUCUACAGCGGUUGACCCUUGCCGUCGAUUCCAGAGCAGAAGCCAAUCGUGGGCCUGCGAUCCGGCGGACCUCCAUUGUUUCCGGCGAAAGCUUCGUUCGCGUGCCUCGACGAGACCUCCUGUUCGCCGUCGGCGUCCACACAGCGGUGCAAUUCGGGGAUUAGCAGACUUCACUCACCGUUUAUAUCGAUUAAGUCCGAAUAUCAUGUUAGAUUCGAGAGAGCAUCUUAACGUAAUUAAUCAGUUAAAUUUAUCAUCUGAGCAUA